AUGGCAGAUUUGUUGAUCAAGCAGAACUCUGGGUAUAAUCCUAGUUAUCAGUCAAAACAGUAUUCUGGGGGAAGGCCUAAUUACCCAGAAGAACUCUUUCAUUUCAUUGCUUCCAAUACCCCCUCUCAUGAACUAGCAUGGGAUGCCGGCACCGGCACUGGCCAAGCAGCCUGCUCAUUGGCCAAGUUUUACAAGAAUGUGAUAGCAACAGACAUAAGCCCAAAGCAACUAGAAUUUGCAGCAAAGCUACCAAACAUAACAUACCAAUGCACUUCCCCAGGCAUGUCCAUGGAUGAGCUCCAAGAGAAGAUUGGAUCAGAAUCCACUUUCGAUUUGGUCACCGUAGCUCAAGCAAUGCACUGGUUCCACCUCCCUACGUUCUACCAACAGGUGAAGUGGCUUCUGAAGAAGCCCAACGGGGUGAUCGCUGCAUGGUGUUACACCACACCGGAAGUUAACCCUACAGUUGACUCAUUGUUCCAAAGGUUUUACAACAUUGAUGCUGGACCUUACUGGAAAUCUGGUCCAUCCGUGGAAUCACCUCGUGAAGUGGUGGACCAGAAGUACACAACCAUUGAUUUCCCAUUUGAACCAGUAGACGGACUGGACCACAGUGGACCGUUUCGGUUUGACACAGAGAAAGUUAUGGAUAUGGAGGGCUAUUUCACAUACUUGAGGUCCUGGUCUUCGUAUGUAACUGCUAAAGAAAAAGGUGUGGAGUUGCUCUCAGACAGUGUGGUGGAAGAGUUCAGGAGGGCCUGGAAUGAAGAUGGCAAAAUGCAAAAGACUGUCAUUUUUCCUAUUUACUUAAGGAUGGGGAAAGUAUGUUAAGCAACAUAUGUAUUUCAUAUGCAUUUAUACAUGUAUACGACGAGCAAUUGAACAUGUUACCUGAAUAAUUUCAACGUGGACAUGUAGCUGGUCGAUGUGGUGCUUGUGCAUGAUGUUCAUUCCUGUAAUAAAGCUGUUAUGUUUUGAUUGCAAAUUUCUGGAAUAAGAAAUUUAUCCAGCUGCUCCUCA